CAUGUGGCGUUUUCAACCUAUAAGAAUAUGGAGCGCUAUCUGCAGCCAAAACAUUUCCACACUGAGAAUGACACCAUCAAGAUUAUGAUGUCCCCUGUAUUCUCUGCUUCCCUUCCCAAGAUUGCAAACAAAAUCCUCACCCAGCCAGUCAACUUCACCCUUUGGCACCUCAAGAGUGUUGAACCCCAAGGAGUACUCUCCUGUGUGUACUGGAAUGGCAGCGCCUGGGUGGUAGACGGCUGUGAUGUCACCCAGACCAACACCACCCACACCGUCUGCACCUGUGUGCACUUCUCCACCUUCGCUCUGAUCAUGCAGGUGGAGCGACCUCCAGAGACUGAUGAGUUGAUGAAGUUGCUGAACCGGAUUGCUGUCUCCAUUGGUCUGGUGUUCCUGGCACUGGCUGUGAUGGCCUUUUGCUUCUGUCGAUGGAAGGCCAACGUGAACAACACGGCUCGCCUGAACAUCUGCAUCAGUCUGCUGCUCGCUCACCUCCUCUUCCUGCUCGUCCAGGAGUUCAUCCACCUCAUCCGCCCUCAAAAGAUGCUGGCUUAAGCAUGAUAAAGGCUUCAUAUGGAGCUUCUUGGGUCCCGUGUGCGUCCUCCUUGGG